AAUGGCAUAUUUCGCGUACUCCCAUAGGCUGGCCGGCCGUUAUCCGUAUACUGGUCCUUCGUCCUCUCCAUCUCAUCAUUUUCCUUGCUUGUGAAGUCUACAUCUCCUACUCCAUGAAUGCCUGCGCUCUGAACUCGAUGGAGCCGGUGAAGGCGAAGCCGGCGAGGGGCGGGAAGAGGAGCAGGGAGAGUGGCGGCACGGCGGUGGUGCUGCUGGAGAAGAAGGAGUCGGAGAAGGAGAGGAGGAAGCGCAUGAAGGCGCUCUGCGAGAAGCUCGCAUCCCUCAUCCCAAGGGAACACUGCUGCUCCACCACUGAUACAAUGACCCAGCUAGGCAGCCUGGAUGUGGGGGCAUCGUAUAUCAAGAAGCUGAAGGAGAGGGUCGAUGAGCUACAACGUAGGAUGACCUCUGCGCAGACCUUGGAUACCUUGAGAGGAGACACUAGCAUCCCAACGCCCACUACCACCACUACCACGAAAAGCGUUGUAGGGUCGCUGGAAGAAGAGAAAGCUCGGGAGGCAUCGGCACCCGUAUUGCAGGUGCGGCAACACGACGAUUCAAGCAUGGAGGUGAGAUUGAUAUGCUGCAUGAAGAGGCCGAUCAAGCUCCAUGAAGUGAUCACCAUCCAUGAGGAAGAAGGUGCUGAGAUCAUCAACGCCAACCACUCUGUUGCUGGCCAAAAAAUGUUCUACACUAUACACUCUCGGGCCUCUAGCUCGAGAAUUGGCAUAGAUGUUCCAAGGGUUUCUGAACGACUGCGAGCAUUGCUCCAACUUUAUUCACAUGAAAAUCAGGCACCAUCGUGCAUGCACAACAAGCAAGUCCUCAGGUACAAUGAUGGGGCCAACGCGACUCCUCCCAAGGAGCUCGUCGGCAACAAUGAUAUAGGUGGAACCAACAAGGUGGCAAACCACGAGUGUGAGUCUUGGGUUGAGCAAGACCAAGUGAUGUGGAGUUCCCUGCUUGCGUCAAUAUCACCAGAGUUGCUCGAGUAGGUGUGAGAUGUGUCAACCAUGGUUGAGCACUUGUCUACCUUUGUGGUGCAUGUUCUCCUCUCAUCAUGUAAUUGGCAAAUCUGAGGAAGAAUGUCUAUCGGUAAGUGACUACUUCAACAAAGUAAAGGAACUCGUCGAUACUAUGGCCAUGCUAGUAUCUCCUCUUGCCGAAGAUGACAUGGUCUCCUAUGUGUUAUAUGACCUUGGAUCUAACUA